UAUCAGUUGAAGCAUCCACAGAGCGAUUUACAUUGAUAUUUUAUUUGCCCUUCAGCACAAUGGCGCAAAGAACGUCUCCAUUUAAUAUUCAGACAUGCGCGCGACCGAAUAUCCUCGCAUUGCAGCCUUACCGAUGCGCGAGAGAUGACUACAAGGACGACGGGACGAACAUUCUUUUGGACGCGAACGAGAACGCAUAUGGACCUGGAUUGUUCCUCACAAAUAAUGGCAAAAUCGCCAAUGGCAGCAUCAAUCAGCAUGGCGAGGAGGAGCGUGAACUUGAGGUCGACUUGCUUGGCCUGAAUCGAUACCCAGACCCCCAUCAGAUUGAGCUGAAACAGAAGCUCUGCAACCUUCGUAACACCCACACCCACACUUCGAAAACUCUAAAGCCCGAGAAUCUCUUUGUUGGCGUCGGCUCUGACGAGGCGAUCGAUGCUCUUCUUCGAUGUUUCUGCACACCGGGGAAAGAGAAAAUCCUUACAUGCCCGCCAACAUAUGGCAUGUAUGGCGUCUCCGCGCAGGUAAAUGACAUUGAAAUUGUCAAGGUUCCGCUCGAUGAUUCCAAAGAAUUCACCUUGCGGCCGGAUGCUAUUAACGCGAAGCUUUCCGAGGAUCCUUCUAUCAAAAUGGUCUACAUAUGCUCACCGGGCAACCCAACCGCGGGAACUAUUGCCAAAUCGGACGUGCAGAAAGUGCUCGAGCACCCGACUUGGAACGGUGUGGUCGUGGUGGACGAGGCAUACAUUGAUUUUGCGCCGGAGGGAACUAGUUUGGCUGAAUGGGUCACUGAAUGGCCGAACCUGGUUGUCAUGCAGACGUUGAGCAAAGCCUUUGGCCUUGCAGGCAUCCGAUUAGGCGCCGCUUUUACAAGCCCUGAGAUUGCUGCGCUCCUAAAUAACAUGAAGGCUCCUUACAAUAUUUCCAGCCCGACAAGCACGUUGGCCGCGGCCGCCCUGUCUCCCAAGAAUUUGAAGGUUAUGCACGAGAAUCGGGAAAGAAUCAUUCAACAGCGGGAACGAUUGAUAAAGGAACUUCCUCAAAUUCCGGGCGUGGGAAGGUUCCGAGGCGGCUUUGACUCGAAUUUCCUUUUGUUAGAAUUCCUGGAUAAGCCACGGCAAAACGGAGGCAAGCCCUGCAACGAGACGGCGCUCAGCGUUUACGAAGCGCUAGCGGAGAAGAAGGGCGUGGUCGUACGUUUCAGAGGGAAAGAGUACGGCUGUCAAGGAUGCUUGCGCAUCACAGUCGGAACGGAAUCCGAGGUGGAUAGGUUUCUCGCUGAACUCAAGGAUGUCCUUGCGGAGAUCCUGGAAAAGAAGAAGGGAGCCGCUGAUGAGGCAGCGAAGGAGCAAAAGGCAAAUGAUAUCGUUGCAUGAGGCUGAUGCAGCAUGCUGCUCACGAGGACGCUGAAAGCUGCUGCUUGAUAGGGCAAGCCAUUUGUUUUGUUGUCGUACCCUUUCAUGCAUGCCUCAUCUGCUUACUUCUCUCUCUCUUCUUUGUAAAUAAUGACGUAUGUUUGGAUAUAAUUAUACCUUAGACAGCACAAAAUAGUAAAUACAGUGUAUCAUCAAAACCAGAG